GCAACUUUGACUAUGCGCUGGAUACAGCAGCCAGUAUGGCGGACAGCGAAAGUGAUUUGGAAACAGACGGGCUUGAAUUAGCUCUGGAGGCAUUGUGUAAUAGACACUGCAGCGCCGAAUCGUCUUUAAAUAGCAAAUACUAUUGCUCUGAGUUUUGUGAGUUGGUUGAGGAGUACACAGGGCAAUGGCAAGUUCCUCUCCCACAGUUGAAGGUUCUGCGUACAGCCCUCACAAGUUUCACCAAAGCCACCGCUGCCUUUCCUGAAGACUGUCAGCACAUCCAUUAUGUUCUUAGCAGUCUGGCAUUGAGCUUUUUUGAACUGAUGCUAUUUUUCAGCAAAGAAGAAUUUUUGGAAGAUCCAUUGAAAGACAUCCUUGAUUCUUUUCAGGAGUGCCAUUAUCAACUUUUAAGGCACAGGAACAUCUACCUUCAGCAUGUAAAGCAGAUCAUUAAAGAAGGGGGUCCAUGGGAGAAUCCAGUGCUGCAAGGAGUCCUGAAAGAUGCACACUUGGCACCAAAAGAGGUUGAGGCAUACUUGAGCUCAGAGUUGCCGAUAUUUUUGGAGCUGAGGAUUCGCUACCUGCAGGCCUGUGAGCGAAUGCAGGAGGCAAUGGCCCUUGCUAAAAGCUGCCUGGAAAACCGCGAGGUUGGAAAACAUCUGUACUUCCAUCAGGCCUACCUGACCUGCCUUUAUAAGGCCUCACUGCACGAACACCUUCUGAAGGAGAUAGCAGAGAUAGAUGGCCGGGAUGCAGUGGAGAUUAUCUGCAACACGGAGAGUGUGGAAAAAGAUGAUCUAUUGUUGUCACUGUGUAACACUUUCCUUACACAGCAACUAAACAGCGGGGACAUGUAUUACAUCUGGGACCUGGUGUUCAUCUGGAGCAGGCUGCAUCUCAGAGCCCAUCCGUCAAGACAAGGCUUUUUGGCUGAGUGCUUAGAGCUGGCUUCCUCUGCUACCAACGUCAGAGCCAUCUUCCCCUUCAUCAAACUGGUCACAACAGAGUUGGGUGCUGAAGGAGUCCAGGUCGGAGUGGAACUAUGUGCUAGGGCCUUGCAGCUGUGUGACAUCCAGGCUGACUGUGUAACCAGGUCUCUGGUCUACAAGACCAUCGCUUUCCUGUUGCCUCAUGACCUAGAGAUCUGUCGAGCUUGUGCCCUGCUGGUCUUUUGCCAGGAACGCAGUCUAGAAGCUUACCGAACAGUUUGCCUGCUUUACAUGCAUCCUGACCAGGAGCCACAUCCUCACAACAGCCCUGUUCGAACCAGCGUUCGCUUCCAUAUCCUUCAGAUGCUGAAGGAGCGCCUGUGUUUUGACCCUGAGUUUUGGAACCUCCUGACCCUCAGAACCCAUUGCUUGGAGCUAAUGAGUGACAAGGUUAUGAAGGCUGCUGUUCUAAAUGAGAUGCAAGAGGAGGAGAAGGAAAACAGUGAAGAGCUAAUAACCAAUAUGAUAGUGAAUGACUCCUGCACUCAGUGUUUGAAUUCAUGCCAGUGCACCAAAGUUACAUUUGUGAAAAAAGAGCAAACCGUAAACGGCAAGACAAACGAGUGUGUGGAGAGCAAUGCUUCUCUGAAUAGGAAAAACUGGAGAAGACUGCGAAGGAAAAAACAGCCUGUUUCAGAUGAUGAGGCAGAUAUUGGCGAUGAUCCAGAGUUCAAAUACAAUCUGAAACCCACCCUGUUGGAUAACAAGACUGUGUAUUCACUAAGACGCAAUCCCACUAAUGUUGAAAGUUCUGCUUCUGUAAAGCUCCCUCUAAACCGCAAGAGAGAAUACCUGUCCAGAUGUGUGAAGAGCCAAAUAUUUAAAAGAAAGAAUCAGAAGAAAAGAUGGUUGCAGGGUGUUUCGAGACCAGAACCGGUACAGACCGUUAAAGAGAAGGUUAUAUAUAAAGGGAAGAAACGGGGAAGAAAGCCUUUACAGAAACUUGAACUCUCUUACCCUGAUAAUGAAAUAUUACUUACGGAGGAAGAAUCUGGCUUUAAAAAGGAGUCUGACGCAGUCCAUCAAGAGCAGGAUAUGCAUCAUCUGGAGAAUGAACUAGAACUGAAAACUGAACAAUUAGAUAAUAAACUCGAACCAAAUGCUACCCUUGAAAAGGACAAUGAACCUGAGAAUCGCAGUGACUCUGGCAGUAGUUUCACUGAACAAACCCAUGGAGCAUCUCGGGAUAUUUCCAAGCACAGUGAAAGUCUUGUUGCUGAACUUCAAGCAUCUCAUCCUUCUGUUGAUGCCAACCCAGAGCUUGAUGGACCAACUUUGGAGUUGGAUUGUUCAGUAGAAAUGUUCCACAAUUACUGUCUAAAAUCUAAAAAGCCUGACAGUGAAAACCUGCGACCUUCAGAAUCCUCAGCAUCUGAUGAGGUUAACGGUGAUGCAGAGCAGGAGGAGGAGGAGGAAGAACCACCGUCUACAGUAAAAACAGAAGCCCCAAAAAACAAGGUCAAUGUCAAGAGGACAUGGAAGGACAGAAUUCUUCGUACUCAACAAUACUCUCAUUUGACACAUCAUUGCAACUUCUGUCGCAAGCUCUAUAAAGGCUUGAAUGUUAUGAGGCAUGCUAUCUCACAUCUUAAAAAUAGAAAACUUAAGUGCAUACUCUGUGGAAAACACUUCAAACAGUUUAAUUUAGCCAAAAAACACAUUCUGGACCACAUUGACGAAAUGUGCAAGCAGAAACCACCUGGUAAUGAGCCAUGUGCUAAGAAAACUCCAGUUUCUAAUGGGGUAGUAGAAAAUCAGGGCCAGGAUGAAAAUCAGAAUUCUGUAACCGCUGAGCAGAAACCUGGGAGCAAAAGCAAAGUGUCAAGUCUCAGGAGGGAAGAUCGGAUCAUUAGGAACCUCCGCACUCUUAUUAAAAAGACAUGUGUGCUUCACAAAAAGUGCAAGAACCCGGAUGCAAAUAAUGUCAGACAGGUGGACUUUAAAGAUGAGCAGGUAGUCAUUAAAGAUGGCCUGGUGAUAAUAAAAAGCCCACCAGUGGUGGAGGGAGAGGGGACGGAGAAGCCAGAAGGAGAAAACGGCUACGACAUGGAGCUCUCUUACCAACUGUGCCCUUCUGAUACCUGUGAUAGAGUGUUCUUAAGGAUUGGGAGCACAUUAACGAAGCAUGCGAUAAAAUGUCAUAUUAAAGAAGAGAAAGUACUGGAGAAGACUUUUAAUUGGACCAAGCAGAAGUGUACACUUUGUCUCAGGCAAAUACAAAAUCUCCAGCAAUAUAAGGACCACAUGAGGCUCCAUUAUUCCCCUCUGCAGCACUUCUGCUAUCACCUAGAGUGUAAGCAGCGUUUUGUUACACCGCAGGAGUUAAAGGACCAUGUCAGUACUCAUCAGCCCUUCAGACCUCAGUGUACCUUCACGGACUGUGAAAACCUCUUUUCCAACCUCCAGGGUCUCUAUGACCAUGAAUGGAGACACUAUGUUUCUGUGCCUCAGAAGAAAGAGCUAGAGUUGGGACCCAGCAGACAGAAGGAACAAAGUAUUGAAGCUUCCUGGAAGCAGAGAGUGAAAGUGGAGGAACUGUGGCUGCAGAAUAAAAAGCCACUGAGGCAGAGUCCCACAUUUGAUCAUGUUGGGGACACAAAAGUUGAUGAUCUUGGGGAAAUGAUCAAAACUGUAGAAGACGUCUGUAAAGUAAAUGCACCAGCCAGUGGUGAAGACCUGUGCGAUGAGCCAGUGAACAACAGCAGGACUGCCGUCAAUGGACAUGACAGUGUGACCCCAAAUUUGUAUGAAGGAUUGAGCUCAACGUCCCGCAGCCGUUCAGCUAUGAGCACUCCAAGUAAGAGGAGUCGAAGAAAAGCUCCAGUGGAGUGGGACCCAUUGAAUGUACGAGACCUGGAGGAUUUGUCCACUUUGGCGGAAGGGGUCCAACAGAAACUGGGAGAGCCACAUAUCACUGAGCACAAAAGCUUCAAACCUGAAGAUCCCUCCUAUGCAACCUUUGUCAAAGCCCCCUUCAUCCGGCCACCGCCCUCCACGUACCUGGAUGAGUCUGUGCUGUCCAUGCGCAAGAGGAGGUCAGUCGAGGAAUCCCCGAAGAAAACGGUUUACUGGAGCCAUAAGAAAAAGAAGGAGCCGGUUGAAGAGGUUACACAGCCGGUGGAAGAUGUGGUUCCUGAGCAGAAGAUCAGACAGCGCUGUGAUAAAUGUCUUUCCUCCUUCAGCAGCUUAGAGGAAUUACAGAAACAUCAAGCUCUUAACACCUGUUCUGCACUGUUUGGCUUUGAUUCCGAUGAUGAAAGUUAGUAAACCUGAUCCACAGAUUUAGUUAUUAUUUAGCCAUUGGUGUAUAAUUAUUACUUUAUUUGUUUAGGUUAAUAGUGCAUGAAGAGAUCUACCGUGACCUGGAACCCAUUCUUAGUAUACGAAGAACGUGUUUAUAUGGUGCUUAUAUAAACAAGUGGGGUGUAUGUGCCAAAAUAGUCAAUUAGAGGCUUUUGUUUAUUAAGCAUUAAUUAUAAUAUACCUUAAUUUUAAGAACUUUUUUUCUUUAAAUUAUGAGCAUGCUCUUUGGUGCAGUGUGUUUUUUAAUGUAAAAAUCAAUAUUCUAAUACGCAGAUGACUUAAUUUAUGAAAACAACCAAUGGGCCUAAAAUAAUAAUAAAUCACAGUAUUAGUGGAGUCAAUUCCAGACAGUCUGCCUCCCAGCUACACAAAGCAAAAAGGAAGUUUAUAUUUUCAUUCAGACACAACACACUUAUUUAAAUCCUAAUGGUAAAGGCUCUCCAGUGAUGGUGAAAGGGAUUCGGCUGCACUUGACGCAAAUAAAAAAUGCGUCAUUAAUGACUUCAGUGUUUUAAUUUAUUUUAACUUUGAUCCUAUCUUUGUCCAUAAGGUAUUUCCAUGCAGUGCGAGUGCUUCAUGCACCAUUGUGAAAUAGCAUAUUAACUGAUGGUAAGAUGCGCUCAACAUGUGUCACCUACUCUUUAAUGUGUGGUCUUCCAAAUGAAACAUGUAACACUAAAGAGUUUGUUCCACUAGAAAUGAUUGACAGGAAAACCUCUCGUAGUCCUUCUCCAUUGGAGGAGACCUUUUGAGUUUGUAGCGUGAGGUGCUUUCUUGUAGCAUUUGCGUCAUCUGUUGGUCAUAGUAUGAAAUGAACUGGUGGAAAUUGCUGCCUUCAUGGCACAUUACCCUGCUGUACAGCACAUGAAUUAUUCCUGAGUUUUUUUAAUGCCAAAACCCAAUCAAAGUGUUGGACUCAUUAAAAUGAGAGUAGCUGUUUUUUCCUGUUCAAUUCAAAGAUUGUGUGUUGCAUCAUGUUUUCUUUGCUAUCUACAUAUUUUGAGAUGACUAAGCUUUUUAUGGGACUGUGCACUUAAAACCAUAUUUAUAUGUACAAAUGUGAAUAGCUUGUAUUUGUAAUGGUAUUGAGGAUUUCUGCUCUAUUUUUCUUAAGGAAAAGGUCAUUAGAUAUGUUUAAUUGAAUAAACAAAUGACAAAUA